CUAGCAACAAGCUUAAAGGGCAAAAGAGAAUGAGCAUUGUGCUGAAUGUCUACAGACGUCGUCGAUGGAGUCUAAAAGCUCAGUUAGCAAGUGCUAUCCGUCUUUACCCACCACAAAAUCCACACCCUCCCAUGCAGUCCAUCUUCCUAAUGAGAAGCUUCAAAUGAGCUCAGCAAAAUUAUACAAGACGAAUCCACACUCUAAGAGAAGCCAAAGUGGAAACUGUGGUAGAAGAAGGAACACCUCUGAAGGUCAUAUAGAAGCUCAACAGGAGGAUGUCAUGAACCUGAUACCAGCUAACAUUAGACACAAGUAUGGCAGCUCUGUGGUUGCCCAGCUUAUCUCUCCAGAGCAGGCAAGAAGCUGUUUGAAUGUGGAGGAGAGAGCACAUUGCCACCAAGGGUAUUGCAUACCAAGAAUGAGAAUAAAACCAUGUUUCAUUGAGGACUAUCGACAUAGGAUCUAUUAUGAACUGGGACAUUGCCUCCGCAGUAAUCUGUUCCCAGGGGCGCCCGUAAAACAUAAUAGCUUGGUGCAUGACUCCUAUACGGGAGAAGUGAAUGAGAAGGGAAGGCUGGAAAGACACAAUACUCAUCAGUGGUAUGGAAGGAGGACCGACGAGUUAGGCAGGUGGCAUGAGAGGAACUUUAAUUACCUCAACCUAAAGAAGGCUGUAGAGCAGAGAACCAGGGAGACUCAGAAGUGAUACAUGACAAUAAAACAACUUCCCAAUCUGACUCUUUUUAUAAUGAAUGCACCAUAUUUCAACUUUGACGUAAUUUUUCUCAACCACUGUUUCACAAUUGUUUCUCAUUCUAAUUGUAUUUUGUCUAGUAGUUUUCUUUACCGUCAAGUAUGAAUUCAGGUUUUUGCCCAUAAAGGGACUAAUCUCCCAACCUAAUCAACAAAAAAAAUAUUAUAUGAAACCGACAGUGGACAUGGACCCACUGAGCCAACUAAGCAAUUUGACUUUGGGCUAAACCCUUUUAACCCCUGUACAGAGAUCUGGACUUCACUGCAGAGAACCAACCAGGCUGUUACCUCCUGGAGUAGUCCUGGUGUAUUUGGAAGCUGACCCAUGGUGGUUAGAAAUGCCAGUGCGAAGCACAAGGGAUCAGGCAAAAGGGUUAGUCUAAAUUUAAACCAAGGUCAGGGCAGGCUGAGUAUGCAUAUAAUCUGGAUAGCAGAUCCAGUCAGGCGGCAAGAAGCAAAACAAGACACAGACCAAGGUCCGGACAUGUGAUGUGACAGCAGAAUCAGUAGUCAGGCUGAGUGUGGUACACAGGUAGUCAGACAUUAGAGCACACCUACCUGUACACUAGUUACUAAAUACCAAAACAACCUAAAGCUCAGACACCCUUCUUCUAAGGAGGGCAUCUUAAAUACCCAGGGAGAACCAGCCUUUGGGUGAGUACACAUUUGAAAGGCAGAAAAAUGCGGUGUCCGUGGCCACAGAAGAGGGCAGGUACCGACUGCCAGCAUAUCAAAUUGACUUUGAGCCGAAUUUCAGGAAAAAUAUGAUUGGCCACAAAGCCGAAUUUCCUCCCACUUGGCAAUUAAUCAAUUUUCCCUAAAAUGGCAUUAAAAAUAAAUAAAUACAUACUCACCUAAUCCAUUUGCGCGUGAAGAGGCUGUAGCGGCUAUCUUGAUUAAAGAUAUCGUACAAAAUCUUGCGCGGGGAGAUGAAUGACUUCAACACACCAAGCACGGUGAUGUCAUCAGCAGUGUCUUCAAUCAAGAUGGCUGCGAUGGCCUCUACAUGAGCAAAUGGAUAAGGUGAGUAUUUAUUUAUUUUUACCCUGAUUAACCCUUAAAAGGCCUAAAUGGUAGCCUCAGAUGCCACAUUGAUGGGGGAUAGCGCGAAUCGCGUUCGCCGUUCCUCGUCAUCGCGCCUGCUACAUACAAAGAAAUGCACUUUGUGACAAAAUAAUUUGUCACAAAUUGAAUUUCUUUGUGUAAUUCAGCGAAGCAGCCAAAUCGAAUUUUUCAUAACUUCGCUCUCUACCUAUGAUAUUAUGCCUUGAGGGACCCUAGGGAAACAGAAUUUUGGAGAUGAUGAAUAUCAAGUUUGGUCAGACUCUGUCGUUUUUUUUUAACAACCAUUACAUACAAUAUAUUCAAUGUUCUCUUCAGAAAUUGUGAAUUUCCCCGAGAAAUUCAGAACACAACUCCAGUUAUAUUCAUGGGGUGUUGAUUUGGGCUGCUCUAUUUUGGAUUUCCAUACUGAAGAACCAAAUUAGCUGAAUUGAUAAGGCAGGUAGCCACCAGCGAGUAUGGUCAACUAAACUCAAUGGGGGAAAUGUAUCAAGAUGUGACUUUUGUAAGUGAGUUUUGCUUUGAUGUAGGAUUGGUGCAGGACUGCAGGGUGCAACAAAUUUAUUAAAAGUUGUGUGAUUGAUAAUUUUGGUGCAUUUGUAAACCAUCUAGAAAUGCUUCUCCACCUUUCACUUGCUGGUGUGCGUUUGCAACUUUCUUAGCAAGUUUGCAAGUUUUGCAAGUUUUUGCAAGUUUGAUAAAUGUGUAGAAAGCCAUUACCACACCAAAGAAUGGCAGCCUUCGUGACACUUUUCAAAAGUGGCGAACAUGAUGUGCAAUGGCAAAAAGUCGCAAAUUUUAGGGCAAAAUUUGCAACUUUUGUACUACAGUUUUCCAGCAUACAAAGUUGAUGCCUUCCCUUUAGAAAUUUUUGCUCAUUAAUCAUGUAUGGCCAUUCAUUUAGUAGACAGUGAAAAAAUUCAGUGGUGAAAAACAGACAUGGGUGUCAACUAAAACUGCCAUUGAGUGAGGUUCCUUCUUACAGCAUUACUGAUCUCUGCGAGUAUGACUGUGACAGUAGUGCCAUAUUGAUUUUGGUGUCAGUAAACCCUUAGGGGGUCAUUUAUCAAACUGGUAUAAAGUAGAACUGGCUUAGUUGUCCAUAGCAACCAAAUGAAAAUGAAAGGAAGAAUCUAAUUGCUUGCUAUGGGCAAUUAAGCCAGUUCUACUUGACACCAGUUUGAGAAAUAACUCCCUUAGUUGUUAGAGGGAGGUAGAGAUGAGUGAAUUGUUUCCACUGGUUCAAAAUUCAUUCAGAAUUUCCCAAAUAAUUUGGAUUCUAACGUACCCAAAUUUCUGGUGAAGAACCACAUGUAAUACACCACUGGAAAUGAGAUUUGCAAUCCAGUUCUUCUUCCGAAAGGACAAGAUUACUGGGUGUCCCAGUAUUAUGCUUCUCUGAGUGAGACAUGCACAUACAUUCUCCUUUCAAAAGGACAAGAGUACUGGGUGAAAUUUGUCCUGGUUAGCUGAGUGGCCCUGGGGGUACUCUUGUGGGUGCUCUUUCUAAUUAGGGAGACCAAGUAUGCAUGAGAAGUAUUGUAGUCCAGCCAAUGCUGCUCAAAGUUUCUAGAAAACAGUGGCGUUCUCUCUCUCUCACUUUCUCUCUCUCUCUCUGAGCAUAUUUCAUUUGGACCAGAAACAUCUUUCAAGACAUUUGCUCAUCUCCAGUGAGAGAUAUACUUUAAAAUUAGGAACUCCAUUUAAAAUGUUUGAAAUGUUUUAUUAAAGAGAUUUUUAAUCUUAUGUAAUAAACUUGGUAAAUGGG